AUGGCCUACCCCAGCCAGCACUACCACCAGUCGGCCGCGCCCCAGAGAUACCAACAGCUCGCGAGCAUCCCGGGGGCCGCGCCUGAAUACAAUGCCCAUCGGCUGAAAGCAGCCCAAAAGCUGGAGGGCCGCACGUGGGAGAAGGACGGCCAAGCGGCCUUGUACCUAAUGCGAGGCGCUACCUUCUCGCCUAUCGUCAUGACGGGGGGCGAGCUAGACAACAUCAUUCGGGACGUGGCCCACCCGCACCCGGGCCUGCACGCGCUGCUUACCUUCAGCGCCAUCGACAUCGCGGCGUUCUCGCCGCCGCGCCCCACGGGGGUAGCGGCGGUGACACGCCCGUUUGACGUGCACCUCGACACCUUCAUUCGCGUCCUGGAAGUCUUCAUCAAGGACGGCAUGGCGGGCGCCUCUCCGGCCGGGGCCGACCGAGUUGGCCUGUUUUUCCGGGAACUGUUCAGGAUCUCCGAGGACCUCCGCCGGUACUCGUCCCGCCACUGCGCCGAGUUCAAGGGCCGCGAGGCCGACGUCUUCGCCAGGUUCAAGCAAGACGCCAACCUCGAUUGGGCCGAUUUCGUCAGUCGUCUGACCACCGAAGCUAGGGCGCUCCGGCAGUGCAACACCCUGGCCCCCCUACCCCCCAAUACGGUGGGGGCGAUCCAAGUUCCGCAGUUCUCGAGGACGUUGGUCCUGAUUGCGGAGGGUACGGCUUCUUCGAUGGUGGGUCUCCUGCAGGGGGGUCUAGCCCGUCAACAACAGUCAAAACCGUCGUCCGCGAGCACCAAGUGCAAGGCGACUUCGCAGGGUCAUCCUGCACGCGGCCCCGUGGCCCCAGUCUCAUCCGCUUCCACGGCAGCCGCCACCGCGUUUGCACCGACCGUCGCCGCCUGGAACACUCCCAACAAUGAGUGCUUCUACACGUGGUCGGGCACGACCUGCACACGCCCGCAGUGCGAGAAGGGGCACACCCAGCGGCACCCGUCACUCUUGCCUGCUUCGCGAGGUACAGCCACGGAGGCGGCCGAGGAGGAGGAGCAGCGGGAGGAGGAGGAGGUGGAGGGAGUGCGGGAGGAGGCCGUGGCGGUACCAAUCCGCGACGGUGCGGGUCCCACUUUCACGAGUAGGGACCGACAAGGGGGGGUGGCGAGCUUGGCACGGGAGCGAACGCCUUCGCUGACAGCAGAAGGACAGUAGCGAGCGUGGGAGUUCCCCUUCCCGGGUCGGUGGCACCCGCUGUGUUUUACGGAACUCAGGGAAAGGAUGGCCGGGGAGGCACGAGCGCCGAGGGGGAGCGGUUGGUCAACGCACUCACCUUCGGGUCUUUGGGAAGUGGUACCAACAAGGGGUAUCAAAGGGUGUGGAACACUUGGAAGGAGGCUCGAGCAGGGGCGGGUUCGGGCCCGUGGCUCCGCGAGAGCGAUGGGGUGGAAAGUGCGCUUCAGAAAUAUGGGCGGACGACUCGGGGCUCGUGCACUCGGAUUUUUGUCCGACAAGAGGAGACCUGGGUUUCUCUUGCGGUCCGGUAAGGGUUGCAUGGGUAGACCGGAGGCAGGCUAGCUAAGUGGAAGUCACGUUCAGAGCGUCAAAAGCAGAUCAAAAACGUUUGGGAGCAACCGUCACAAGAUCGGGAGUAGCGUUGAAGGUGUUACUCGAUCUGUUAGAUCUGCACCCCGAGCUUGGGAGUCAUGCGCCGUUGAUGCAAUCGUGGGCACAAGACAAGUGGAAGGUUAUUUCGAGGGCAGAGGCAUCGAGACACCUCAGGUUACUCGUGAGUGCGGUGGGUAGAGACCCACAGAAGUAUGCGUUGCAUUCAAGAAGGAUCGGGGGGGCCACGCACCUAGCAAGUAUGGGGGCGUCGGUAAUUCAGAUCCAGAGAGCCGGAAGGUGGAAAUCAUCGGCUUUCAUGGUGUACGUUAGGGCGGGGGGUGAAGGAGCAAAGUUUGUGUCUCAGGCCCUUACGGAACCCGAGGAGUGACCUGGGAGCGGUUCGGAGGAGUAGGUCAUCGGACAUGCCUAAUGGAGUAAGAUAUGUUUAGGCCAGAGGCCGAAACAAUAGUAAUGAUAGUAGGGCAAUCUUGAGAAGUUUGCAACGGGUUAGUCCGAUAAGUAAACGUUGUGAGCAAGACGACAUUUACCUGCGCUCCUAAUUUGUUUCAUGUGUCUUGGUUUUUCUUUGGUUGCCUGCAGAAAAAAUAAUCCAUAAUUCUUGAGCAAACCUAAACGUGAAGAUUCAGUACGUAUUUGAAUCUGUGCUUUGUGGAGGCGUGUUGGAAAUCGGAAAAGCGGGGAUCGAAGAAAAAUAGACAGCCCUGGUGUCAUAAAGUUUUUGUGCUCUCGCUGGGCGAGAGACAAGCAAGUGCAUUUGAGAGAAGAAGAGGAGUAGCAGAGAUAGCAGCUAUGAGAAGCAGCAAACACGGAGUGCCGCCUAGGAUUUGAUCGAUUUUCCCGCCCACCCACACCUAUCGCUCAAGAGAGGGGGGAGCAUGGGGGGUCUAGUCGGUCGACGACUAAGAGGUACCGUUUAGGUAGUUUAUUAUGAG